AUGGCGGUACCGUACAAUGCAAUAUCACAGUCCUUAUCGGCGAGAAGUAGUUGCUUCAUACCCAAAGCUUAUCGCGUAAGAGAUACUAAGCAGAGAAACAGAUCCAUUGUCGUGUUCGCGUCAAAUGAUAAGAACAUUGCUCUUCAAGCUAAGGUAGAUACCUUGUUGGACCGUAUAAAAUGGGAUGACAAAGGAUUAGCUGUGGCAAUAGCACAAAACGUUGAUACUGGAGCGGUAUUAAUGCAAGGCUUUGUGAACAGGGAAGCCCUCUCUACAACCAUCAGUUCUCGGAAGGCUACAUUCUUCAGUCGAUCAAGGUCAACCUUAUGGACUAAGGGAGAGACAUCCAAUAACUUCAUCAAUAUCCUCGAUGUUUAUAUCGACUGCGAUCGUGAUUCGAUAAUCUACCUCGGGACACCAGAUGGGCCGACCUGUCACACAGGGGCAGAGACUUGCUACUAUACAUCGGUUUUCGAUCAAUUAAAUGAUGAUGAGGCUUCAGGAAACAAGCUAGCAGAAACAACAUUGUACUCACUAGAAUCAAUAAUCUCGAAGCGGAAAGAGGAAUCAACAGUUCCCCAAGAAGGCAAACCGUCAUGGACUCGACGGUUAUUAACAGAUGACGCUCUGCUUUGCUCAAAGAUCAGGGAAGAAGCCGACGAGUUAUGCAGAACACUCGAGGAUAAGGAAGAAGUUCCAAGAACCGCAUCGGAGAUGGCGGAUUUGUUAUACCACGCGAUGGUGCUACUGUCUAAAAGAGAUGUGAAGUUCGAAGAUGUUCUUGAAGUUCUUAGGAAACGGUUCUCUCAAUCUGGAAUCGAAGAGAAGCAAAACCGCAAAAAGUGA